AUGGCAAUCGGCGGCAAAGAAGGAGUGACAGCAACCUCCUUGCUUGAUCCCAGAGACAGUUACAACCCCGUUUGGAUAGAACAGUUAGAAUCUUCAGCGGACAUUGCAUCAAUUCGUGCUGUGCUAAACGACCACCAUGUUGCAGCAUUUCCAGCAACGAUCAGUGGUGUUCACCAGGCACUGACAGUGGCACUGCGAGUUGUUGUGCUGAUUUGUGACUCGAUUGAUGAUCUGAUAACGGAUCAAGCGACUGGGGCUUUCCAUGACACUAGAGCCUAUAGGCCUUGCCUCCGCUGUACUGGAUCAGGUUUCCAGAUCCAAAGUCAGUCCGUGUUAUCUGAUUUGACAUCAAUAAUUCAUGUAUCGACAGAGUAUUUGCUGCGGUUGGGUUUAUUUGCUGAUUAUGCAACACUGAUUGUCAGCAAGCUGAUGUCAGCCUCCGCCUUUGGUGCUGAAAAUGAUGAUCUACUCAUCCACCGCUGCCUCAUGGCUUGUCAUGCGUUGUCCGAAGUGUACGCAAUGGAAAGUCAAAGUAGGCUUGUUGCUGAGGAAUAUCACCUUGCACCGUGUGCUGCACGCUACGGGAAGGAUGAUGUCAAGAACGAUGUUGCUCUAUCAGCUAGUGGACCCAUUCUUGGUAAUCAUCAAAUAAUGACCCUCAACUUUCCGACGUGCACCCACGCAGAUAUGAAGCCAAAGCUGGCAUUCACGUCUUACAGAGACAAUUUCUGUUGGUUCGAGGACUGGGCGACAGCGAAUCGCGAAGACGGGGAUGCACCUGCACUUUUGAGUUCUGUAAUUACACUUAACAGAAGCUUCGAGACUGUUUUUGCAAAGCAUCCGAUCUAUAACUGUCCUUGGCGAGCGCGGAAUAAGAUAGGGACGGAACUUACGCGUUGGCUGGCGAAGCUCGACCACACCACAAAGGAUGCCAGCAAUGCAUAUCUGACACAUACCGGCAUACUCUGUACGAGCCAUGUUUGGGUCCGCAAAUUAAUGGUGGCAUCUAUUUCAUACGGGUCCUACGGCAUGUGGCCUGCGCCCCUUGACCUGGCUUUGGAGGACUAUGCCGAAGUUGUUUGUGCGUACAUCGGUGCAAUGUGGCGGGGCUGGAGCGUUGAUCAUGAUGUGGAAGCAUCGAUUGGAGAGCAUAAUGCUAUGAACUGGCUAUGCAGAUCCUGUGCAAUGGCCACAGCACGCGAAUGCUUCUCUCCUGCCAAUGCCAAGGCUAUAAGAAAGAAACACAUUCUCCGCUUGGCAUGGCCUCUGCAAUCAUAUUUCUACUUUGGUCUGAGACAUCACGGCUUCGAGCGGCGAGUAGACAAUCUGCUCGAGACCAGUACUAGCCUAUCAUCAUCACACCGGCGUCUAUUCCAGCAAAUCGCACCAGUUUACUCGCCCAUAGUGUCUGGGGACAACGUGAGCACCAUUGUCACAAAGUUGCUUGGUAUAUGCGGCAUGAUGAUAGUGGAUGAUAUCGGAGAUCUCGGUGACAAGAAUUGGGCAUGUCAUCAUCGCAUUUGUUCCAAAUGUGACUUCGAAAAUUCUCGGUCUCAGCUCUUCAUGAUAUCUGUUGGAGCGGCACGCUUGGCCGUAACGUUGCCCAAAGAUUGUAGGCCACAUUUUAUCCAUCUUAUAGACACCUUUGGCCUUCGACUGUUUCCAGCACUUCAAGCCAGAAUCCUUUGUCAAUGCCAUUGUGUGCCUGAAUGGUUGGCGGACGUGAUGGCCCACGCAUAUACCGAGGCCGGUACGAGAUGCGGUCAAAGUGACUGUACAAUUCAAAGUGACUCAAGGAAGGAUGAUCUAUUACCAUUCUUGCCAGGUAGCAAUAAGGGGACGGUGCCACCUAUUGGUGAUAUUUCACUAAGGUCAGUGCUCCUAAAUCAGACCAUGGCGGAAGCUGCAAAGUAUGCAGAGAGGAGCGGACAACUGGAUUGGCUUGAGAUUGUAUCUCAACCCCUUGUGAACCUAGAACCAUGA